CACACGACUCUCUUGAUGUCUAUCUCUAGGCAGGCAAGCAUUACUGCCCGUCAUCCGCAAUAGAUGCGCCAGAAUCCUCAAAUAAUUACCGAUGGUGUAGAGACUGAACCGCUAGAGGUCCCGCCCACUCGUUCGCUCGUGCAACCGGAGACUUCACGGAGGGUUCCGCUGCUGUCAGACUCUUGCUCAACGCUCGCCAGACUUGGAUAAGAGUGGACGGAGGGACUUGGGGCCGGAGAAGGGAUUCACGAGCUGAUUUUUUGUUUUGGAGACACAUUCGCCAGUGGAUUGAGAUCAUCCUGUAAGAUGUUUUUCUUCUACGCUGAUGGCUCCUUAUGUGGGCUUUUAACCUUGAGCUGUCCUCAGGGGGCUUUACUUCCUGUGCUAUUUGUACAAAUCUCAUUCGGGACAGACUUUAAGAUGGCAUCUCAGUCCAGGCUUGAGGGUCACACCCUGUGAUUCCUUCCCUGUGAAGUUUAUUGCCAUGCUUAGAUCUCCACCUUCUCCCUUCGGAAGAGGAAACUGCAAGCUCUAGUUCCCUGAUGAUGUUGAAUUAAGGCUGGACAGUGGUGAUGUCACUGCAAAUGAGUGAGGCAGAAGGGGCUGUGAAAGUGGAAGAGUGGCAGCAGACGUUUUACGCCUCUGACUCGGGGAUUCAGUCCGGGGCGACCACCAUUCGUGAUGAGGAGGAGUCUGAGAGCUGUAAGAAGUAUAGCAUCAGUGCCAGUGCUGUGGAGAGCGCCACAGACGUUGAGGCUCAAUACAGUCUAACUCGAGCCCAGAGAGUGCGUGCAGCCAUGUUCCCCGAGACGCUAGUGGAGGGAGAGACGGUGCUCACCACACAGAACAAUCCAGACCAGCCGACCAAUGUCCAGAGACUGGCCGAGCCCUCGCAGCUGCUGAAAACGGCCAUCGUACAUCUCAUCAACUAUCAGGACGAUGCCGAGCUGGCCACACGUGCCGUACCAGAGCUCACCAAACUGCUGGCCGAUGACGACCAGGUGGUGGUAAACAAGGCAGCCCUCAUCGUGAACCAGCUGACGCGUAAGGAGGCGUCCCGUCGUGUGCUCAUGCAGUCUCCUCAGAUGGUGUCGGCUGUGGUGAGGGCCAUGCAGAACACUGGAGAUCUGGAGACGGCCCGCUGCGCUGCCAGUGUCCUCCACAGCCUGUCCCACCAGCGCGAGGGACUGCUAGCUAUCUUCAAAUCGGGUGGCAUCCCCGCACUCGUGCGCAUGCUCAGUUCCCCUAUGGAGUCGGUGCUGUUCUAUGCCAUUACCACGUUACACAACCUGUUACUGCACCAGGAGGGAGCCAAGAUGGCCGUGCGUUUGGCCGAUGGACUACAAAGAAUGGUCCCCCUUCUGAAAAAGUCCAACCCAAAGUUCCUGGCCAUCACCACAGACUGCCUGCAGCUGCUCUCUUACGGCAAUCAGGAGAGCAAGUUGAUCAUCUUGGCAAAUGGUGGGCCAGAAAGUUUGGUGUUCAUUAUGAGAAACCACAACUAUGAAAAGCUCCUAUGGACCACCAGCAGAGUCCUGAAGGUGCUUUCUGUCUGUCCGAGCAACAAGCCGGCUAUUGUUGACUCUGGAGGUAUGCAGGCCCUCGGCCAACAUCUCACAGGUUCGAGUCAGCGUCUAACACAGAACUGCCUGUGGACCCUGAGGAAUCUCUCUGAUGCUGCAACCAAGCAGGAAGGUCUGGAUGGUCUCCUGCAUAUCUUAGUGAGUCAGCUGGGCUCGGAUGACGUGAACAUGCUGACCUGCGCUACUGGCAUCUUGUCAAACCUCACCUGCAACAACGCGCGCAACAAGGCCCUGGUCACGCAGAGCGGCGGGGUGGAGUCCCUGAUUCACGCCGUGCUUCGAGCCGGAGAGAAGGAGGACGUGGCCGAGCCGGCGGUCUGUGCCCUGCGUCACCUCACGAGCCGUCACCCCGACGCAGAGCUGGCCCAGAAUGCAGUGCGUCUGCAUUACGGCAUCCCCGCCAUCACCAAGCUCUUGGGUCAGCCGCACUAUUGGCCUGUGGUGAAGGCCACAGUGGGCUUGAUUCGCAACUUGGCCCUGUGUCCAGCCAAUCAGGCGCCUCUGAGGGACUCUGGGACAAUCCCCCGACUGGUCAACCUGCUUUUGAAAGCUCAUCAGGAAACUCAAAGACACGGCUCAGGGGCCCAGCAGACCUAUCAGGAUGGCGUGCGAAUGGAGGAGAUUGUGGAAGGCUGCACAGGCGCUUUGCAUAUACUGGCCAGAGAUCCGAUCAACCGAGGGGAAAUCGCCAGCAUGCAGACCAUUCCUCUGUUUGUGCAACUUCUGUACUCAUACGUGGAGAACAUAAAGCGCGUGUCCGCCGGUGUUUUGUGUGAACUCGCUCUGGAUAAGCAGUCUGCUGAGAUGAUUGAUGCAGAAGGAGCAUCUGCACCUCUUAUGGAGCUCCUGCACUCUCCCAAUGAGGGGAUUGCCACCUAUGCUGCGGCCGUUCUCUUCCGCAUCUCUGAGGACAAGAGUUCAGACUACAGGAAGCGUGUGUCGGUGGAGCUCACACACUCCCUCUUCAAGCAUGACCCUGCAGCCUGGGAAAUGGCGCAUGCUGCCAUGCCACUCGACCCUGGAUACAUACCAGAUGAUCUGGAUGCAGUGUACCCUCCAUAUGGCUACUCUGAUUUACCCAUGGAUGGCCUCCCACUGGACGCCGAGCUACAUGAGCAAUACAUGCCAGAAAUGACCUAUGACCCUCGACAGGUGUACCCAAAUCCUCUUUAACAACACUGCCAGCAGUCUUCAGGUCAAAUGAAGUGGGCGAAGGUGGAGACUACAAAAUGCUUUGUUCCCUGCAAAAGACGUGGACCGGGGAGGGCCUGAACAGUGCAGUGCUCGACGAAAGAAGAACAAAAACACACGACUUGCUUUAGUUCACCACCGGUCUGUUUGUGAUGUGAACUCUAAGCACUGCCUAACUCAUCUUGUUAUCUUGUGCUACUAACAGAGUGACGAAGCCUAAAAGUGUGGUGACGCGAUAAGCAUGUGAUCAUAACACGUACAUUUUGUACUUUAUAUUGUUUGUCCAAAGAUCUCCACUCAACUCCGUCCUAGAAAUGUAGCAUAGCUAGCUAGCGGCUCAGCCACACGAGGGUCCGUUUUCCUUUGCGUUCUGUGUAUUUGUGAUGCCGAGGCAUUGCUACUGAGUAGGAAAAAAACAAAAGCAACAAAACAUACAGUGGAAAAACAGAAACCUGUUUGUAUUUUCAUCAUCUGUUGACAUGAGAAGCAUUGAUAUGUUGUAUCUUCUAACAGGUCAAAGGCAGGUUUUCGUCAUUUUCUUGCAGUCUUCAUACAAACUUUUGCAUUGUUUAAGAGACAAACUGAUAUUCAGUUGUAAGGAAAUGCUUGCGGUGUAUGAUUUCAUGUAAAGAUCAUAUGAAUUUCAGGAGGCAUUUAUGGAUGAAUCAUUAUUCACAGUUACCCUGUAUAUGGCUAACAUAUUUGGACACCAAUAACUAGAACUAAAGAAAAUUAACGAUAUGAAUGUCAAUGGUUUUCAAAUUAAAUUCUCAAUAAGCACAUACGAGUGUCCAAAUAUAUAUGGCUACAUGUUUUUUCUUCCUUUAUUUUCUGUAAAUUAGUUGGGUUUUCUUUUUUAAUAUGAGACAAAAAAAAAAACAUUGUAAAUCAAAAAAUAGUGAUAGGAUUCAUACAUUUAGAAGUAAUUCAAUAAGCUAUAAUGUUACAAUGUAUGCCCAGUUUUUUUUUUUUAAAAGAAUUCAAAUACAUAGUGACUCUAAAGUGAUGUUUUGUUUUUCUUUCAUUGCUAUUAAUGUAAUUUUAUUUUUUAAUGGGGCAUGAUGUCAUCAUUGAGAUUUAGUUGUUUUUCUUGUACAACAAUCAAUAGCUUUGUUAUUUUGAUUAUGCUCUGAAGUUAUUGUAUAAUGCUGUUCAUUAUACUGUUUUACAAAAGAAUGAUUAGCAACGUACAUUAUAGUUCAUAGUUUUCAUAGUUAAUCCCACUUUACAAUUUUAAGGCCCCAUAUAGUUAUUCGUUCCAGUCUUUCAAUUCAAAAUGAUUAUUACACAGCUCUCUGAAACACCUUAUUCUGAUUGGUCGGUUGGUCUUGAUGACCUCGUUGACUGCAUUAUCCUGACUUUGUUUACUCUAGAAUAUUCGCUCUCUUUAUAUAACAUCCCUUAGACUUUAAAUAUUUUUUAUACAAAUACUAUAUUGUUUUACAUCAUUGUACAUAAUGCACAUCUUGUUUUGAAUGACAUGCUGAAGUAUGUAAUCAUAAGACUGAUUAUGAUUGCCAUAUGCAAGGGAUCUUGCACAUUUGCAUAUAUUUGAAAGGCAUUACAAUCUGUGUGAAGUGUGAUUGCUGAUUGAUGAAAUUGCAGUAAUUGUCAAGCAUCGUUCAUUACUCUAACUGUAGUGGGGAAUUUUGCUUCAUAACUACAAAUCUGCCUGCCAUCUGUUGCUUUAAGGAACAUGUCUGUGCCAAAAGUAGUUAAUAUUGAUAAAGACUAUUCUGAUUCAGUUGCCCCUGUUAUGCUCACUUUUUACCAACAUCUAACAGAAUUAUUGAGCAUAUUCAGUGGCAACUGCACUCCUGAUGAUGCUGUCAUCAUAGAGUAAAACAUUUCAACAUUCCCAUCUGCAAGAAAAAAACAUGCACGGAAAUGUCAACAGGAAGUUACAGUGGAUAUGCGUUUUUACUGAACAUUUUUAGUUUGACAGUAUUUUUUGUUUUCAAAUAAAUAAACUGAAUUAUAUUAACUGUC